AGCCCAAGAGACUCAUCAGAUCUGCAGUGGUAAAUCACCUUUACCUACUGGCGGUCAUUCACAAGUCAUCUGCACCAGUUACCGCUCAUCACUCAUCUGCAGUGGUCCUAUAUUUCAUCACUCAUUAUCAUUAUGCAUGAUUCAUUGUUCAUAUGCAGUGGUCCUCUACCCAAGCAAAGUUUAAAAGGCCCACAUCCCUAAGUAGAACAUGAAGAACCAGGCCACCUGAAUGAUCACACCGAUCCUGAGUCAGAUUCAGCAGGAUUAAUACGCAAAACGCUUCCUGGCUCUACUCGGACAAUUCCGCCAAAGACUCGACUCUGUUCGCUCCGCUGCCGCCUGCACCACCCACCCCAAACCUCCCCCUCAGACUGGCUUUAUGUCUGGUCUCUCAGGCGCCUCACGACGCAUGCUCCGCCGUGCCAGCGCGCAUGCGCCGUCGCCAUGUUCGCGAGCCCUCCUCCUCCUCCCCUCCCUCGUCUCGUCACACAGAGAAACGGCCGCUUCACCAGAAAGCGGCCACGGGGACAGAGAGAGGGGCUGGAAUGUCAAAACACUGGAUUUAAAACUCGGUGAACACGUAAAAUGGACGACAGAGUGGACUAAGAAGCCGUCUCAGUGAUCGAAACGCGGAUAUUCGGCCGAGAAGACCGGUGCGUCGCUCGCGGACGGGACUGCUGUGCGGCUCGCGGACGUCGUCAGGCGAUGCGAUCAUCAUGUAUGUUGAGAUAAUGCGUCGGAGCGCCUGGCAGUGAUGGAGACGGACUCUCGCGCAUUCACACCGUCAGCUGUCCCUCUUCCCACCUCAGGUGUGUCUACCUAAAGCAGCCGGGCAGGUUUCAACUCACGGACAUGUUGUACAGGUGGGUCUGACGGCGCACGACAGCGGGAAACCAGCACACUUCAGACUGCCGGCCGGUGUCGCUUUUCUGUCGGCCCAAAAAGUUGGAAUCUGACGAGUGACGCUUGCUUGGUAUCCGUCCGCCUGUCGUCGCUCUUCGUAAGGCCUUAAACCCUCCGCCUGAUAAUAAAAAUAGACAAAGUUAAGCGUUUUGCUGUUGUGCUGCUGGAAGUUGUACGAAAUGCACCAGCCGGAGAGCGCGGGGGAGUCGACGGGGGGCAGAAAAAUGGCGCAGGCGGCGGUGGUCCCGCGCAGGGGCAGCGGGCCGCCCGGCGGAGGGGUCGCUUCUGCCAGCCUGGCUGCUAAUGUAGUUCCUGCGGAAGAUUAUCAGUCGGCCUUGUUGAUACAGCCACCCCUGCCGGCCGUGUCCUCCUCCCCGGGGCCUCAGCAUCCUCCUCAGAGCCUUAACCUCCUUUCCCAGUCUCAGCUGCAGCCCCAGCCGUUGCUGUCAGUCGGCGCUCAAAUGAAGAAGAAGAGCGGCUUCCAGAUCACAAGUGUCACGCCGGCUCAAGUCUCUGUCAGCACCAACAACAGCAUUGCCGAGGACACGGAGAGUUAUGAUGACCUGGACGAGUCGCACACAGAGGACUUGUCCUCUUCCGAGAUCCUGGAUGUGUCCCUGUCCCGGGCCACUGAUAUGGGGGCUCCGGAGAGGAGCUCCUCCGAAGAGACGCUGAACUACCUGCAUGAGGUGGAGACCCCGGGUGCUGUAUCUCCCAACCAGCCUCACCUGUCUGGCAAGCCUCCGCAGCACACCUCCUUGCCCCCGGCACUGCAGCAAAGCGCCAUGGUGAAUGGGGCUGUGCAUCACCAUCCCGGACCGCCCCAGCAGCACCAUGCUGGACAUCAGCCCCCAAUCCAUGCUGCUCAGUCUGCGGUUACGCUCCCGCCUGUGUCAGCCUCUGGAGGAACAUCCGCUUGGGUACCAGAGGUGGGUGCCAUGUCUGCUGCCCUUGCGUCCACCGCUGGAUCAGCACCCGGUGUCCCUGCCCAGGUGUUACCUGCUGCAGUGGGAGCUGUUCUUGAUGUUGCUGCGGUUGGUGCAGCCAAUGUUGUGGCUCCGCCGCUAGCUGGGGUCACCCCAGGAGCUGUGACUGGAGUGCUCUCCGUGGCAGCAGGAGCACCAAUUAGUGGCAUCAGUUCCUUGGUGAGCAACGUUAGUAGCAUGAACAGGAUGAGUUCUGUCAAUACGGUGGUCCCCAGCAUUGCAGGUACUGCUAGCAGCAGUACUGGUGCCCCUGGACAGAAAAGUGGUGGUGCAGGUCUGACGAGGACUGGUGUGCAAGGUGCAAACUUGAUGCAGAAGCAAAGUGCUGGUGCCACUGCCAGCAUUGCCGUGACAGCUGGCAUCACUGACCCUGCUGUGACAGGCUCUGCAGGUGGCAGCCAGGCAGUUGCUGCAAAUACAGGUCAGCCAGUCCCAUCUGUCCCACAUGGCCAGCCUCAGCAGCCAGCCCAGGCUCCUGCCCCAGCCGCUGGCCCAGCUGGUUCCCGCUUCCGCGUGGUAAAGCUGGAUUCCAGUUCGGAGCCGUUCAGGAAAGGUCGCUGGACUUGUACGGAGUACUAUGACAAGGAGAUCCCCUCAAUGGCAACCACUGCACCUGUUUCAGACAGCGUACCCUCAGAGAGGGAGAGCUCCGCUGCGGCCAUAGCAAGCAUGCAGAGCCGUUAUCCGGAAAGUGUGGGCAGUGGAGAGAUUCUAGGACCCUCCACUGUGCCAUCCUUUCAGCAGCAGCCACAGCUCCAGGACUACAGUGCUCCUCCAGGCAUCCAGGCAUCCCAUCCUGUUGUCACUCAAAGCGUGCCUCAGCCGCAGGUUGCCACACCCCAUGUGACACCCCAGGACAUGGUGCAUUCACUGCUGAAGGCAAAUGCAGGACCUUCCGUCUCCAGUAACUUGGCUACCGCUCGGCCACAGGCUUCAUUGAACCCGGUGAUUCUGCCCACGGCUGUGGUUUCCACUUCCCAGGUGGCACCUCCACAGCAGGUGCCCCAUACCCAGACUGCUCCUCUUGCUCCAGUGCAGGUUCUGCCAGUGGGGGUUCAGCCGCAGAUGACCUAUCCUUCUACGCAGCUGCCAGCUGCACCUGUACAGUCAGUGCCACCUCAUGCCUUGCCGGUGGCACAGGGCAGCAGCCUGCCACCUGACUUCACACAGCAUCCUCCGAUCAUUCAGACAGCUGUGCAGAGCGUUGUUCCUGGGACGGUACAGCCUUUGCCCCCAAUGACUGGCAGCAUGCCCUCUGUGGCAGUACCUGGGAGUGCUGCAGGUAGCCUGUCUGCACCUGUUUCCCAACCCCUUCCCCAAGGACUUCUGCAGCAGCAUGCACCAUCAGCCUCGGUUCCCCAGUCUUCCCAGGGUGUGAUCCCCCCAGCCGUACUGCCUGGUGGUGUGGCGGUACCUCCUCAGCCACUUCUGAAGGCCCAGCCUCAACCCGGGGAUCCUCUGGUGCCAGCCGCAAGCCAGCCGCCCCCUCCCAUCAUUGCCUCUGGCCAGGUUGCACCACUCGUGCCUCCCAGUAUACCAGCUGACCCGCAGCCUACCCUGCUUCAGCGCUCCCCACAGCUGCAGAGCAGUGCUGGAGCAGGUCUUGCCCAGCAGCAUACCAGUGCCCAGUACACCACCCUGCCCUCUGUGACUGCCACACACCUGGAAGAUGCUCGACGCCUUCUCUUCCAGCAUCAGUCCCUGCUUUCUCUCCCCAAGAUGGGGGGUGGAGACGGGGCAUCGGAGACAGGGACCCCACUGGCUGCAGAUGGAGUCGGUGUUGCCAAUGCCUUAACUGCCUCGGCAGGCCUGUUCCCUCUGAAGAACCUGCCUGUGGAUGGAGAGGAUGACGGCUCGUCCGGAGCCAGCGUCGUGGCCAUCGACAACAAAAUAGAGCAAGCGAUGGAUCUGGUGAAGAGCCACUUGAUGUACGCUGUGCGGGAGGAAGUGGAGGUUUUAAAAGAACAGAUUAAAGAACUCAUUGAAAGGAACUCGCAGCUGGAACAGGAGAACAACCUGCUGAAGACUCUGGCCAGCCCAGAGCAGCUGGCCCAGUUCCAGGCUCAAGUCCAGAGUGGCUCGCCAUCAGCGCCCACGCAGCCGCCAGGGACGGGCGCACAGCAGAGCACCCCGCCGACCCAGCCCGCUCCACAGAGCUCCGGACCCUCGGCAUAGCACAUAAGGCCACAGAAGGAGGAACUGUAAAUACAUAGGCCCAAAAUAAAGAAUGAACAUGCUGCCAUGCUGCAGCUGUGUGGAGAGGAUUCAGUUCCAAUAUUUGCACAUAUUUAUCUUCACAAGUGUUAAUAUCCUGCAAGACGCUUUACACACUUCAGACAAUCGUCUUCAACAAAGGGAUUCUUGGUGGAUGACAAAGAUCGCCAAAAUCCACGGACUGCCGAGGACAUUUGUGAAUAAUGUUUUUGUGGGAAAGCAGCUUACAGAAUCAUUGUGCCUGCGUCUUAGGAGUUCAGUCAAUGUCCAUUUCUGCGAUGGCUCUGGAAUUUAAUUUUAUAGUGUGUAUAUAUACCAAUCUUUUCCAGGCUGUGAGCUAAUUAAAGAGCAAGCACUUUUCUGGAGACAAAUGUGAAGCGUUUUCGAUGACGAUCAACAGAUUUGAACCUCCCAUUUGAUAUUAAGAAGACAGGAAAGAGGUGGUUUUAAAGAUUUGCAUUUACCACAGUGUCUGUAGAUGGAGUGGAUCGGCCCGCACAAGGAAGGCAGUUAAAUUUUAGCUAUCUGACAUAGAAAUCCUGCCUUUCUAAAUUUAAAGCUGCUUCUUGCCUAAGCCAUGAAACCAGGUUUGUAAAUCUGAGGGAAGAGAGACGGGGGUGGGGGCAUUUGCCGAAUUUCACCGCGGGUUUGAUAGGCUCAUGUAUAUUUAUGUAUUUAGUGUAAGUGCUCUGUAAAAUAGUAAUAUUGAGAUGAGCGAAACAAAUACUUACGUUGUACAAAUUGAAGUCGAGAUGUAAAGGUGGGCUUACCCGAGUAAGUCUGCACGGUCUAACGUUGUAAAUCAGGUAUUUAGCUUUCCAGCAGUUUAGGACAUUUUAUUGACAGCCAGUGAUGUUCUUGGUUACUUUAAAUUCUAUUGUAAACCACUUGUUCAUUUGAGAAGUUGCAUCCUUCUGAACACACCUUGACAGUGACACUCCAGAUGUUAAACAUUUAAACUUCAAUAAGUAACAAAUCAAAUCUGACACAGAUUUUGCAUAUAUGUGAAAAUUGUAUGCUUACAUUGUGUGCAUGUUCCUCAAAUCCAGAGAAAGUUACCAUAAUUCAGUUGCACUUGACAGCUCUCAACAUAAAAUAAAAAGAAAAAAAAACC